CGGAGAGGAGAACGGAGCCCGUCUAGCCGCAGCCGCUCACUGGUGGCGCCCGUCCCUCUGCCCUCGCCUGCGGUAGGAGAGAGCCGAGAGCCAUGGCGGUGGCGGCGUCGGGGGUCCUCGGGGGGCUGCUUCGGAGGCAUCUCUCCGUUCAUCCUGCUUCCUGCCGCGGCUUCAGAAUCAUGGCCUCAAAGCCGCAGCAGCAGCAGCAGCAACAGCCGCCGCCUAAUUCCUUGCCCGCCUACGAGACCUUGAAGUUGGAACGGGUCCGCGAGAAAGUGCUGCACGUAGAGAUCAACCGGCCGGAGAAAAGGAACGCCAUGAAUGUCGCCUUUUGGAGAGAGAUGGUGGAGUGCUUCAACAAGAUUGCCCAGGAUUCUGAAUGCCAUGCAGUGGUGAUCUCGGGAGCUGGGAAAAUGUUUACUUCAGGCAUCGACCUCAUGGAGAUGGGCAGCGUUUUUCUGAUGGCAGAAGGUGACGACGUGGCUCGGAAGGCUUGGAACAUCCACAAGCAGAUCCGUGACUACCAAGAGUCCUUCACGGUCCUGGAGAAGUGUCCCAAGCCCAUCAUUGCGGCCGUCCACGGGGCCUGCAUCGGAGGAGGUGUGGAUCUCAUCUCGGCCUGCGAUAUUCGCUACUGCACACAAGACGCUUGGUUCCAGGUGAAGGAAGUGGAUGUCGGGCUGGCAGCCGACGUUGGUACAUUGCAGCGUUUGCCACGCAUCAUUGGAAAUCGGAGCCUAGUGAACGAGCUGGCUUUCACUGCCAGGAAACUGAUGGCUCCAGAAGCGGAGAGCUGUGGCCUUGUCAGCCGGGUGUUCCGCGAUCACGAGACGAUGCUGCAGAGCGCCUUUGAUUUGGCCACCGAAAUUGCCAGCAAGAGCCCGGUCGCGGUGCAGGGGACAAAAAUGAACUUGGUUUACUCCAGAGACCACUCGGUGCCCGAUGGCUUGAAAUACAUGGCCGCAUGGAAUAUGGGCAUGCUUCAAACGGAGGACAUCAUCAAAUCCGCCCAAGCUGCGAUGGAGAAGAAGACCCCCAAGGAGGUGGUCUUUUCGAAACUGUAGGUGGCAACCUGCCCCGAAGCAAGGGGAGAUGAGGGGGGGGGGUCACACACAGUGGCUUUGCAGAGGCCAAGCAGGACAGCAACAUGGAGUGCCUUUGAAUCACCCACCGUCUACCUGUUCCCUUCUGGCUUACCUGCCGAUUUCUUUUGGGGUGCUGCGAAGCGAGAACCCCCUCCCCUUUUUUUUAAAUGGGGGGGAGUGUUUCCUCAAGCACGCAGGUUAGGAGCAGAAGAGCAGAUGAAUGUAGAUGCCGAAAAAGCUGAUUUUUAACAAAGAUUAAAUCCUGUUUUCGUUAUGC